AGCCUCUGGAUGACUUGAAGAUAUAUCUGUGAUAAACACUUUUUUAUGAAACAGGACACGGGUAGCUGAUUUUUUGAGGAUGGCAUCAAGUAAAGAAGACAAUACAUCAUCGUCGAAGUCGUUCGAUGAGGUGGAUAUCAAGCCGACACGACAACGAUCUAGUGCCAUCAAAGACAUCUACGAACAACCUGACGAUAACGGUUACCAGAAGGACGACAAAGAUAAUGGCGUCGUGAAGCUUAAACGUCGCUUGACCCUCAUCGAUGGCGUCGCCAUCAACAUUGGGAUCAUCAUCGGAUCCGGGAUCUUCGUGUCCCCGAAGGGAGUCCUGAAUGGUGUCGGCAGCGUCGGUGCGACCAUGGUGGUAUGGGCCGUUUGCGGAGUCUUCUCCAUGAUCGGUGCUCUCUGCUAUGCCGAGUUGGGUACCAUGAUUCCAGCCUCCGGUGGUGCCUAUGCCUACAUCCAGCUUAUCUACGGUGACUUUUUCGGCUUCAUGCGUCUCUGGAUUGCGGCCGUCAUGGCUCAACCGGGAUCACUGGCUGUCGUUGUUCUGACGUUCGCAAGCUACAGCCUUCAACCACUUUACCCCUAUGUAGAAUGUCCGCCUCCUAGGACACCCACUGUACUCAUUGCUAUAACUUGUACCAUCGUGGUUACACUAAUCAAUGCCGUAAGUGUUCGGUGGUCAAGCUGGCUUCAAGAUGUGACGAGUAUUUGUAAAGUUGGCGCUCUCGUGAUCAUUAUCAUCUCUGGUAUGGUAGAACUUGCUACAGGAAAUACAGAGAAUUUCAAAAACUCAUUUGAAGGAACAGAACUGAAUGGAUUGGGGAUUGCCCUAUACUCUGGUCUAUUUUCAUAUGCUGGAUGGUACGCUCUCAACAUUGUUGUGGAAGAAUUAAAAGACCCUUACAGAAAUCUUCCUCGUGCCAUCGUCAUCACCAUUAUCACUGUAACGAUAGUCUACGUCCUUACAAACGUUGCUUAUUUUGCCGCCCUUUCACCGGAAGAACUCCUCGCUUCAAAUGCUGUGGCAGUGACAUAUGGGGCUAAGGUUCUCGGAAGCUUUGCUUGGAUCAUGCCCUUAGCUGUGGCGCUCUCAACGUUUGGCUCAGCUAAUGGAAACAUGCUGACCUCAUCUAGAUUAUUUUUUGCUGGUGCUCGUGAGAAUCACUUACCCGACCUCCUUUCCAUGAUCAACAUUGAGAAAAAGACACCUUUACCAUCAUUAUUAUUCACUUCUUUGCUCACCAUACUCUACUCAAUGGCUGGCGACGUGUUUACAAUCAUCAACUAUUUCAACUUUGUGACGUGGCUCACCAGUGGUCUAGCUGUUGCAGGACUCUUAUGGUUGCGUUAUAAGGAACCCGACAGGCCAAGACCAUACAAGGUACAUAUAAGUCUUCCAAUUAUCUUCGUCCUCGCAUGCAUCUUCCUCAUCGUCAUGGGAACCAUCGCCGCCCCCCUAGACACUGCUAUCGGUGUCGCUAUCAUGUGCACAGGAAUCCCGGUCUAUUUCUUCAUUGUCAAACCCAAGAAGAAACCUGAGAUAAUCGUCAAAGCCAAUGAUUUGGUCACUCGUUGGUUCCAGAAGUUGAUGCUUGUUGUGGCAGAAGAGAGAUAGUGUCAUUCAAAUUGAACAACCAUCUUGGUACUCUAUGCCUCACUGAUCAAAAUCUUGAAGUGAGCAGGGCUUCAUCUCACAAAUGAAAUUUUGACAGAAAAAUUGAUCUCAAAUUGCGAUCAAUCUCAGCUUGAGUAGUUGAGACAUUGAAAAUUUACAUCAAUUGCAAUUUGAGUCCUGGGGGCCAUAACAUAAAACUCAGUGAUUGAUUGCAGUCUACAAUCAACUGCAUAGAAUAUUGUGUAUAAUCAAUCGAAAACCUCAGCCUCUCACUCAAUCGCUACUAUUUCACAGGGCCGCAGCUCUCAUUUAAGAUCGCCCAAGUUGAUGAGGUUUUGUUGAUCAAGUUAUACAAAAAGACAUGCGAUUGAUA